AUGCGUUGGACCACGGCCAUUGCGUCACUGCUGCUGGUGGGCUCUGUUGCCAGCCUGCAAAAUCCCCACGGUCGCGCUGCGUCUGCCUUCCAGCGCAAAGCAUUGGCUCCCCGGUCUGCGUCGACUCCCGCCAGCCGUAUCAGGGAUUACUCGUACCUGACGAACAAGACCGCAAGGUUCCUGGUCAACGGUACUGGCAUCCCUGAGGUCGACUUCGACGUGGGCGAAUCUUACGCUGGACUGCUACCGAACACUCCGACGGGCAACAGCAGUCUCUUCUUCUGGUUUUUUCCCUCGCAGAAUGUCAACGCCAGCGACGAGAUUCUCAUCUGGUUGAACGGUGGCCCAGGCUGCAGCUCUCUGGACGGACUCCUGCAAGAGAACGGCCCUUUCCUCUGGCAAUCUGGCACCUACAAGCCCGUCCCCAACCCGUACUCCUGGACCAACCUCACGAACGUGGUGUACGUCGAUCAGCCCGCGGGCACGGGCUUCUCGCCCGGCCCGUCGACGGUCAACAACGAAGAGGACGUGGCCGCCCAGUUCAAGAGCUGGUUCAAGCACUUCGUCGACACUUUUGGUUUGCACGGCCGGAAGGUUUACCUUACCGGCGAGAGCUACGCAGGGAUGUACAUCCCGUACAUUGCGUCCGCGAUGCUUGACGAAGAGAAUGAAACUUAUUUCAACGUGAAGGGCGUUCAAAUCAAUGAUCCUUCGAUCAACGAUGAUUCCGUCAUGAUCUACGCCCCCGCAGCCCGCCACCUAAACCAUUACACCAACGUCUUCGCCCUGAACACCACCUUCCUAAGCUACAUCAACCGCCGCGCCGACGAAUGCGGCUACAACGCCUUCCUGGACGCAGCGAUCCAAUACCCCCCGGUCCACCCUUUCCCCGCGCUCCCCAACAUCACCGACGACUGCCUGGUCUGGGACGAAAUCGUCGGCGCCGCCUACGACGUGAACCCCUGCUUCAACUACUACCACCUGACCGACUUCUGCCCCUACCUCUGGGACGUGAUGGGCUUCCCGUCCCUCGGCUACGGACCGAACAACUACUUCAACCGCUCCGACGUUCAACGCGCCCUCCACGUGCCGCCAACCGACUACUCCGUCUGCGGCAGCAACACCAUCUUUGCCGAUGGCGACGCCUCCCAACCCAGCUCGUGGACCGUGCUCCCGGGGGUCAUCGAGCGCACUAACAACACCCUCAUCGGCCAGGGAUGGCUCGAUUACCUGCUGAUUCUGAACGGGACUCUCGCCACCAUCCAGAACAUGACUUGGAAUGGGGCGCAGGGGUUCCACCGCGACCCGCUCACGCAGCCGCUGUUCGUGCCCUAUCAUUACGGUCUGCAGGAGUUGUAUGAUGGGACCGAGCCGGACCCCUAUAAUCUGGAUGCGGGGGCGGGGUACCUAGGCACGGCGUACACGGAGCGCGGGUUGACGUUUUCGUCGGUAUAUUUGUCAGGCCAUGAAAUCCCGCAGUAUGUCCCUGGCGCUGCGUAUCGGCAGGUGGAGUUCCUGCUGGGGAGAAUUGGGAGUCUGCAGCAGAGGGGUGGGUAUACUGCUUGAACUGUAGCAUUGCAAGUAUGAUAAGGGAUGGGGAAGCUGGAUGUGGAGAAUAACGCGUAGCCGAGGAUAUAUGCUGAAAGUUUACUACAGUACAUAUAUACAUCACGACCAGCAAGAUGUCUUUUAAAAAAAGACAGCUUAUAGCUUAUGUUGUGC